UCGGUGUCCACGCUAAUUCCUGUAAAGUUGACCGUCUCUUUAAUAAUAUCUCGUCGGUGUAUAUUGUAUGGAGCAUGGAGUGUGGAGUGGAGGUGGAGAAUGCAAUAUGGCUGCGGCGAGGGUUCGAUUGGAUAAAAUGAUAGAAAAUGGCAUGCAAAGUGUUAUUAAAUUUUAGUGAAAUGUUUACUUGUUCCGGUUGUGUAGAAUGGGAGGCUGUAUAGGUAUAACUAGGGCAAGAAAUGCCUCAGUUAAUGAUACAUCGGAAAAUUCGACGAGAACUAAUUCGGGAAAUACGAGAAAAAAUCAUCUUCUAUGUCACGAGGUAAUUAGAUGGAAAUCAGAUGUACCUCUAACUGAAGGUCAACUAAGAAGUAAGCGAGAUGAGUUUUGGGACACUGCACCAGCAUUUGACGGUCGCAAAGAGAUUUGGGAUGCAUUGAGGGCAGGUGCAACUGCAGCAGAAGCACAGGACUAUCAGUUGGCACAGGCCAUAUUAGACGGAGCUAAUAUUUCUGUACCUAAUGGUUUCUUAACAGAAUGUUAUGACGAGUUAGGAACUCGUUAUCAAGUACCUAUUUAUUGUUUAUCCUAUCCGAUUAAUAUUGUAAAGGAAGAUAGUGGAAGAGACUCACCCGCUGAUUGUUCAGAACCGGUUGACGAAGGAACAGAGCAAACUUUGAAACUUAGACUAUCGAGUACUUUAGGAGAAGUUAAAUUACCUGUUUAUAGCAAUGACACUAUUGCUAUUGCAAAGAAAAAAUUACAGAGUCAAGAAGGUUUGGAACCAUCGCGUCAAAGGUGGUUCUUUGGUGGUAAAUUAUUGGGUGAUAAAAUGCAUAUAGAAGAAGCAAAAGUGCAGCCAGGUUAUGUAAUACAAGUAAUUGUAAAUCCAGAAAAAAUGGACAGCAACUGUGCAAAAGCUACUUGAAUUUGUAUGUAAACAUGACAAAAAGUAUGUUAUGUUCAAUCAGCAAUCAAUAAUAGGUUUAUUUUUACUUUUUGACAAAAUUCAUUAACUGCAUGUCAAAGUAAUAUCAUAUGUGUGUUCUUUAAUUGUUUAUUAUUUAUAACUAUGAAUAUCAUCAAAAGUGACAAAUCAUUUUAAGAAAAUGUGAACAUAACAGAAUUUCACAUUAUUAACUUGUAUUUAAUGAAAUCAUGAGUUAAGUGCAAUUACAGUUUUGUUUACUCUAUAUAUAUUAUAUUUAUCCAUAUAUAUUAUCGUGCAAUGUAAAAAAAUUAUGUAAGAAUAGCAUUUAUAUAAGAAAAAAGAGAGAAAGAGAGAAAUAUCAAGUAGAAGCAUAGAAGCAUAUCUUUAUAAAUUUGGUUAUCUUCAAUAUGAUAUGCUCCAAGCAAAUUGACUGAAAAAUAUAUAGAUUUAUUUAUAUUUGAACAAAAUAUAUAAACAUUAUUUUU